UGGAGCCGAGUUCGAAAUUAGUUUACAGUGGCGAGUGAUAUAGAAAGAGGUAGGAAUCUUUAAUAUACACAAUAAACGGUGCUCCUGAUAUUUUUUCUUAAAAAAUGGAACAUUCUAAAGAAACUGAACAAGGAUUGUUUAAUAUAAAAAGGGAAGUGGAUUCGAUGGAUGAUUUCGAACAUUUAGAACACGACUCGAGUCCAUUACAGGAUUUAUUGGGUUUAAAAUCGGACAAAGAGGUGACAGCACCUAAAACAGUUCAUGAGAUCAAUAACACGCCCAAGACCGCGGUGAGUGAUAAAACCGGUGGAGCUGAUUUGUUAGCCUCUUUGGAAGAACCUUUAAUUCCAGAAAAAAUGAAUAGGAAUUUAUUAGAAGACGAUUUUCUUGAAAGCGAACACAACAAGGAUAAAUUGGAUCAAUUCUUACAUUCUCCUUUCGACCACGGAGAUAACAAAUUAUCGUCUGCAAAUCUAAUAGAAGCCGAAAAAGUGAGUGAACCGCAGAAAAAGGAAGUUGAUCAAUUUUCAGAUUUCGAACAAAAUGUCAGUGAUUUCAAAUCUAAAUUACCUGAGGAUACGUUCAAACCUGAACCUACUUCAACUCCGCCGGUUCAUCCAAUAGAACCCGAGAUAACUGUAAGUCCGAGUGUUCAAGUUCCAGAACGUCCAGUUACAAAUGAACCAGAAAAAACUAUACCUACAGCUACGGCUCCAGUUGUGGAAAAAAAAGUGGAAAUUCAAGAAAAUAUAACGAAAAAUGUUAUAGCAGAUAAACCGGCUGUAGUUACACCGGCUAAAAUAGCUCCCACUGACGCUGCAGCGAUUUUUUGUCAAAUGGGUUUAGAUUUGAAGAAGAUGGCUAACGAAGUCGUACAAGACGUCAUUAAUGGUGUUCAAGAAGCAAACAUAUUAACCGGGAACGACAAAGAAACAUGUUGUCAAAGAUCGUUGCUUUGUGUUUUAUUCAAUCCCAAUGCAUGGUUUAAUCCUGAAAAAUUGGAUCCCAAAGUGGAGAGUCUGAUCUACUGGCGCAAUCCAAAAAAAUCCGGCCCAGUUUUCGGUGGUGUCCUCGUCGUGCUAUUGGCGCUGACUUAUUUUUCUUUAAUCAGCGUUGUAGCUUACCUUUCGUUCUUCGCUCUCGGCGUAACCGUAGCCUUUAGAAUUUACAAAAAUAUCGUACAAGCCAUACAAAAAACGGGAGACGGACACCCAUUCAAGGAAUAUCUCGAAUUGGAUAUAUCGUUAUCUCAAGAUAAGGUUAAUCAAUUCACCGCUGUCGCGGUUGCGCAUAUCAAUGCCGCCAUAUUCGAACUCAGGAGGUUGUUUUUGGUCGAAGAUCUAGUCGAUUCCAUCAAAUUUGGAGUUUUAUUAUGGACUUUAACUUACGUCGGAGCUUGGUUCAAUGGAAUGACACUAAUUAUUAUCGGUUGGGUAGCGUUAUUCACUCUUCCAAAAGUAUACGAAGCUAACAAGACACAAAUCGACGCCAAUCUGGAAGUGGUCAGGACAAAAUUGGCCGAAAUUACCACAAAGAUAAAGGCAGCUGUACCAGUGGGCAAGAAGGGCGAGGAGAAGAAGGAGCAAUAAAUGAUUGGGGGGAAUCUUGCAUAAGACGAGAACUCAUAUGUACUAUACAUUAAUUUAUUAUUCCAUUCAAAAUGUUCUUAUGUAAUUUUUCCGAAUAUAAUUAGUGUACAUAUAUAUAAGAUGUUAUUUUAACAUUUUUUUUUUAAAUUUUAUUUUCAAUGUUAUUUUUUUUUGUAAUUCAUAUCGAUCGAUAUGAAUUACAAACUUAAUUUUAAAAAAAAUGUCUACUAUAAUUUUUUGCUUUUUUUUUUAAUAAUUUUUAUUGAAUUUGUUAAGUGUCAAUGUUGCUCAAAUCCAACAAAAACGAUUUUAUUAAUAACUCGUUUUGUAUUUUAAAUUUAAGAGCAAUUUUGACAAUUAAUUUUCCAUCGAAAGAUUCGUUUGUUGUUUGGUUGACGAAUUUUAAUAGUAAAACGAUAUAUAAGCCCCUGUUACCAAAUUGGAAGGUAAGGCCAUGCUAUCAGUGGAAGGUAAGGCCCUGUUUGUUGAUUAGAAGGUGAGGGCCUGCUAUAUAAGUCUAAUGAAGUUAAAUUGAUAUAUCUAUUAUUUAUUCAUUAGUAGGGCUUUUUGGAUUUUUAAAAUUUUUCUAAUUCUAUCGUGAUUUUUCAAUUUGAUUUAUCAGGAUCUUUUGGUAUAGUCUUAAUAGUGGAGGAAUUGGACUUUCGGAUUGAUUUCUAUCGUUAAGCGUGUUUUAAAACUGGUAUUAAACUAAAUAAACGCAAAAAUUCUGGUUGUUAAAAAGAUAUUUUGAGGUAUUUUUAAUUUAUUGAUAUUCUCGUGAAAGUUGUCUACUUCCUUAAUGAGUCACAGAAACUAAAAAAAAAAUCAAAAUAUUCAUUUAUGACUAAAGAAUUCAAAUAACUUUAAAAGUACUAUAAAAAAGUUUUCUCCUUACUUCCUUGAUGAGUCACAGAAACUGCAAAAAACUUUGAAAAAAAUUGUCAAAAUCUUCAUGUAUAACUAAUAGAUGUUUCAAAUGUCUAUGAAAGUACUGUAAAAAAAUGUUUGAUCCCUUGAUGAGUCCUUGAAACUUGGAAAUGAUAAAAAAUAUUUAAAUUCUUCAUUGAUGAGUCACCAAUUACUUAAAAAUAGUAUAAAACAAGUAGAACUCAUUUAUUAAUAUCAAUGACUUUGGAAAUACAAUAAAAAAAUGUCUACUCACUCCCUUGAUGAGUCACAGACAGUUCAAAAAACUUUGUAAAUUCUAAAAAAAAAUAUCAAAAUCCUUAUUUAUGACUAAUAGAGGUUCCAAAUGACUUUGAAAGUACUGUAAAAAAAUGUUUGAUCCCUUGAUGAGUCCUUGAAACUUGAAAAUGAUAAAAAAUAUUUAAAUUCUUCAUUGAUGAGUCACCAAUUACUUAAAAAUAGUAUAAAACAAGUAGAACUCAUUUAUUAAUAUUAAUGACUUUGGAAAUACUAUAAAUAUGUCAAAAUUCUCCAUUGAUGAGUCACAGACAGUUCAAAAAACUUUGUAAAUUCUAAAAAAAAUGAUCAAAAUCCUCAUUUAUGACUAAUAGAGGUUCCAAAUGACUUUGAAAGUACUGUAAAAAAAUGUUUGAUCCCUUGAUGAGUCCUUAAAACUGGGAAAUGAUAAAAAAUAUUUAAAUUCUUCAUUGAUGAGUCACCAAUUACUUAAAAAUAGUAUAAAACAAGUAGAACUCAUUUAUUAAUAUUAAUGACUUUGGAAAUACUAUAAAAAUGUCAAAAUUCUCCAUUGAUGAGUCACAGACAGUUAAAAAAAUUUUGCAAAUUCUAAAAAAAAUAAUCAAAAUCCUCAUUUAUGACUAAUAGAGGUUCCAAAUGACUUUGAAAGUACUGUAAAAAAAUGUUUGAUCCCUUGAUGAGUCCUUAAAACUUGGAAAUGAUAAAAAAUAUUUAAAUUCUUCAUUGAUGAGUCACCAAUUACUUAAAAAUAGUAUAAAACAAGUAGAACUCAUUUAUUAAUAUUAAUGACUUUGGAAAUACUAUAAAAAUGUCAAAAUUCUCCAUUGAUGAGUCACAGACAGUUCAAAAAACUUUGUAAAUUCUAAAAAAAAUGAUCAAAAUCCUCAUUUAUGACUAAUAGAGGUUCCAAAUGACUUUGAAAGUACUGUAAAAAAAUGUUUGAUCCCUUGAUGAGUCCUUAAAACUUGGAAAUGAUAAAAAAUAUUUAAAUUCUUCAUUGAUGAGUCACCAAUUACUUAAAAAUAGUAUAAAACAAGUAGAACUCAUUUAUUAAUAUUAAUGACUUUGGAAAUACUAUAAAUAUGUCAAAAUUCUCCAUUGAUGAGUCACAGACAGUUAAAAAAAUUUUGCAAAUUCUAAAAAAAAUGAUCAAAAUCCUCAUUUAUGACUAAUAGAGGUUCCAAAUGACUUUGAAAGUACUGUAAAAAAAUGUUUGAUCCCUUGAUGAGUCCUUAAAACUUGGAAAUGAUAAAAAAUAUUUAAAUUCUUCAUUGAUGAGUCACCAAUUACUUAAAAAUAGUAUAAAACAAGUAGAACUCAUUUAUUAAUAUUAAUGACUUUGGAAAUACUAUAAAAAUGUCAAAAUUCUCCAUUGAUGAGUCACAGACAGUUCAAAAAACUUUGUAAAUUCUAAAAAAAAUGAUCAAAAUCCUCAUUUAUGACUAAUAGAGGUUCCAAAUGACUUUGAAAGUACUGUAAAAAAAUGUUUGAUCCCUUGAUGAGUCCUUAAAACUUGGAAAUGAUAAAAAAUAUUUAAAUUCUUCAUUGAUGAGUCACCAAUUACUUAAAAAUAGUAUAAAACAAGUAGAACUCAUUUAUUAAUAUUAAUGACUUUGGAAAUACUAUAAAAAUGUCAAAAUUCUCCAUUGAUGAGUCACAGACAGUUCAAAAAACUUUGCAAAUUCUAAAAAAAAUAAUCAAAAUCCUCAUUUAUGACUAAUAGAGGUUCCAAAUGACUUUGAAAGUACUAUAAGAAAAUGUCCCAUCCCCUGACGAGUCCUCCAGACUUCCAUUGAUGAGUCACUAAUAUUUUAAAAAUAGUUUAAAACAAGUGGAAUUCAUUUUUAAGUAUCAAUGACUUUGGAAAUACUAUAAAAAUGUCAAAAUUCUCCAUUGAUGAAUUAACAGAGACUUGAAAAACAUCAUAAAAAUGUAUACUUCCCCAUUUAUUAACCAAUAGAUAUUUUCAUUGACUUUGAAAUCAAAUUUCUCUAUAAUUAAUUCCUGUUGGUAGCCGAACAUCUUCUAUUUUUUUUCGAGCCUAAAUAUCAUUGAAAUCCAUAAAAUUCCCCCAGUCCCAUUUCCGUUUUUUGGUAACGUCUCGUUUGGAAGGAAAAACAACAAACGAAUUAUCGAUUAAUCGAUUAUUGAAAAUCGCUCGUUUUAGGAUAAUUUUCGAAUGAAUCGGUACGUGGUUUAAACGAUUUUGUCGUCUCUAUAUGUGAUGCUGUAGUUUAGUGAGCACGCGAACCGCAUUAAAAUCAAAUUUUUUUUUCCGUUGAUAUUUUUAAAGUUGAAUUUAUUAAUUGAUAUUUUAUUGAUACGGUGUUUUAAUACACACCUCAUAUAGAUAUUGAAAUUGUGUUAGUUGAAUAAAAAGAGGGUGGAUUAAGCCGGCGACACACUGCGCGGCUUUUGCCGGAUCAGGACGAAAAAUAAAACGAAGUAGCCGUGUCGCUGCAAAAAUAUUUAAAUCGUUAAAAUAUCAUAAUAAGUGUUGUUAUAGUUAUUUUUCCCCAUUGUUGGCUACCAUUUUUCCUAAAAAUAAUUCUUUUUUAUCAUAAUUUCGUUUGUUUUACGAUAUAGUGUCGUUUAAAAUUUAUGUUACUCAAAUUUCCUAAAAUAAAAUGAGAGGAUUAAGCCGGUGAUACGCUACGCGGUUUUUGCCGGAUCGUACCAAAAAUAAAAAGAGCGAAUUAAGCUGAAAUUACACCGCGCGGUUUACGUCGGAUCGUACGAAAAAAAAGAAUUAAGCUGAUAAUACACCGUGCGGCUUUUGCCGGAUCGCACAAAAAAGAGCGAAUUAAGCUGAUAACACACUAUGCGGUUUUCGUCGGAUCGUACGAAAAAAAAAAGAGAAUUAAAAAGGAAAAGAUUUCAGUCGGUGACACAGGCGCGGUUUUUGCCGGAUCGUAUUAAAAGAUAGAUCCAACAAAAAAAAAGGGAGAAUUUAGUCGAUAACACACCGUGUGGUUUUUGCCUGAUCACAUGAAAAAAGAAAGAAUCAAGACGGUCACAUAGGCGCGGUUUUUACCGGUGACUUAUUGCGCAAUUUUACCGGACCGCAUUCAAAAAUAGGGAAAAUCAAGCAGUUGACACACGAAGCGGUUUUUACCGGACCGCAUUAAAAAAUAAGGAAAAUUAAGCCGAUUACACACGGGGCGGUUUUUACCGGAUAGUACUAGAAACAAUACGAAGUAGUUGUGUCGCUGCAAAAAUAUUUUUAUCGUUAAAAUAUUAUGAUACGCAUUAUUUAAAAUUAUUUUUUAUAUAUAUAAUUUCGGUUUUUUACGAUAUCGUGACGUUUAAAAAUCAUAUUUUCCAUUCUUCUAUCAUCAAUGAAGUAAUAUCACGUGAUCGUGAUUUUAUGACAGUUCAGUUUCGUUAAGCGAUCUCGUGUGAACGACCCUUUAUCGGCGACGAUUCCUCGUUUAUUUAUCCAAUCAUUUCGAUCACUUCAGUUCGGUUAUGUCGAAAUAACUGUCAAAAUCGAAUGAAACGAAAUUUGGUAACCUCACAAUUUUUAAGUUUUCCUGCACUAUAACGAGAUAAAAAUUAUAUAUUUUUAAGUAGAAUUUAAAAAAAUAUAUAUAUAUAUACGAAAAUUUUUAAUGUCUGAGUGGAAACAGAGAUUGUAUCCACUAUAUAUAUUAAUAUAAAAGGUUAAUGCCCUCUCGUUUAUAAUUUGGAAGAAAAUUUAUAAAAAAAGAAGAAUAUUUGAUAUGUCAAAAAUGAAAUUUAUUUAAACUGUUGCGAACUUUUAUAUAGCUUUGUAUAAUUUUGCUUUCGAAAUUAUCAUUAAAUUGUUUAUAUCUGCUUA